AUGGCAUCCGCUCCUCGGUAUGAUGAGGGCGCCUGUGCAGAAAGUGACGGGAUAUCUUUGUUUCCGUCAUGUAUACAGCCAAGAUUACUCAACCUCAGCCACGUACGAUCCAUUCUAAUCAGAAACAUCAAGGUCCAAGAAAGACAAAGAGAGUUCCCUAAAACACAUUUCAGAGAUCGAAAUCGGGAAAACUCUAUAGAUAUAGAUUUUAGAGAACGAGAUUGGGAGCAUGUAAGAAUACGAAAGGGAAGAUCCACACACUCUCUUAGGUUGUCAAUUACAAAAAACGAGACAGAAGGGGGGAAUGAUGAGGCUAAAGUGCCUGUAUUUGCGGCUCAACCUGAAGAAGUUAGAAAACAGGUUGAACUUCAAGAGUAUUAUAAUCUGGCGUUCUUUGAAUGCUUUUUCACUGUUAGUUUAUUUUUGAAUGAUAACAAUCCCUAUUUCAUUAGUAGAUUAUUUGAACCGAAUGUUGAUGUGGAAGAAGACCUAAGCUUGCCCUUUAAAUCGGGUCCAGUAACUAUCAGCUUAUAUUUGAGACAAUUGGAAGAUGAUAAAUGGAAAUUGCAUAAUCAGGUACAUCUCAAUUUCACGAUGUUAGUCAAUUUAGGCGAUGAAUAUCCUCUAAUCGAAAGGAAACUCUGUGAUACAGAAAAUUUAUUAGUACUUAGAAUGUCCGAUGGCUGUUAUUACACCAUGCAAAAUAAGCGCCUGAACAACGAAGCAGUCUCAAUAUUACAAAGCACUUUUAGAAAAAAGAUGGAGGAUAGAAGCAUCCAUUUCAACCACUUGCAAAAUUCGUGUACCUUUGACCAAAUAAUGAUUCUGAAUAACUACAGCCGCUGUUUGCAUGACUUGAAAAAUACCACUCGAAUACUAAUACAAAGAAUCAAUGCCGAAUGCAGUAAUGAAGAAACUCGCAAUCGAAUACUGGAAACAAUAGACUAUAAGAAAUCAAGAGUAGAAAAUUACAAAGAGUUAAUCUCUGCGAAGCAAUCUAUAAAUAAUGAUCUUGGCGAAAAAAUCACAGAAUUAAAAAACCUGAGAGAUGUAUUAAAAGCAAAAAUUCAACAGUUGAACCAAAUACGAGAACUUCAGGAAAAGGACUGUGUAGAAAAUGCUGAAAAAUUGCAGCUUCUUGUCCAAAGCAAUGAAAAAUUAAACAGCCAGAUUCAUAAAGGGAAAUCAGAUAUUUGCAAAAUUAUACAAUUUAUUUUCCCCAUAGAGCCAUUCAAGCGGAAAUACAAUUUUUCCUUAUUUGGAAUAUCAAUCCCGCAAGCCUUAACUCCAUCCAGGACCUUAUCACUUGAAUUGAAAAAGGAGGGCAUUAUUCCUGUUUAUUCAACCCCUGAUGCAACCAUUCAAAAGGUAGCACAGUUACCCAAAUCAAAAAUGGAUCCAAUCAAUGCCCUUUUUGGAUAUAUCUCUCUUAUAAUACUGAAGUUAGCAGAUAUCUUACAAGUUCCUAUAAGAUACCCCAUAAAGUACCUUGGAUCGAACUCUUACAUUGUUGAUCCUAUAACUAGUUGGAACUCUAGUUCCGGUAAAAACCAAUCCAAAAUUUAUCCUUUAUUUAUAUGUCAAAACAUAACGCUUGCUGUGAAAUUCACAUAUGCACUGUUAUUGCUGAGCAAAAAUUUGGAGCAAUUAUAUGAAGCUGAAAACAUCACUAAAGUAGAAGAUACAAGUUUACUCACCUCUCUGAAAAUCUGGUUAACAUGUGUGGAAGGCUAUACAGAUGCUCAAAAAUAUGAAAAUGAGCGUGUUAUUGUUGAAGAAGAGCCUGCUGGCCAUGAUAUCUUGAAAAAUUUAUUUUCAGGCGAUCCUAACUAUCACGAAUCAUCUAUCUAUACGACUGAUAGAAAAUCGGGUGGGGCCAGAAGAAUUUCCAAUCUCUCCAAACAAUCCAACGGGUCUGUCAUAACUUUAGCUUCCAAGAGAAGUAGCGCUUCAGGGAUGUCCACCUCAUCGCUAGAAUCGGGGCCUAACUUGGUUGUCAGCAAAUACAAAGAUUUGAAGUCAUCUGAUGAACGAAUCAAACACAUCAAGAGACACCUUUUAAAAGGGAGUGGUAAAAGUGUAUAG